AUAAGCGCGGAAUGCUGAAAAAUUAUGUGAAUUGUAUAAAUUGAAAGUAGCAUUGAACAAAAUGUUAUGCGAAAUAUAAUACAAAUAAGUUGGAACUAACAUUUUUCAGAAAAAAACUCACUCUUUUUUACAUUUUCAGUAAGCUGUCAAACAUGCAGCGAGUGACAUUUUGUUUGUGUAUACGCUAAUGUGCUCGUUCUCGCUUAACGGGUUUUGGUUGACAAACUUGCUUGCGCGCAAUUGUAGUCAUGCUAUUCUAACCAGCUAAGGUAAGGGCCUUACCACGUACCAUAAGCUGAAGAAGCGCUAAAAAAUUGGCAACUCUGCUCGAACGAGUAACGAGUAAUUGAAGUGAAAAAAUCUAAUCAAUAAGGAGAUUAAAAAAAUUGGCGACUUCUGAGACUUACUACGAAUUGUUGGAGUAGCGAGUGCAGUCAUAGUAACUAGCAGGCGCUGUCUUUCUUGCUCGCUUUGUCUCUCUCUCCCUCUCCGAGUGUGUGUUUCACAGUGAUAGCGCAUACCGUUAUAACUUCAGCCAAGUAACGGUUGAGUUUAAUUUAGAUGUGCGCUCUCGUUCUUGCUCUCUCAACGUAAGCAUUGCCUAGUAAAACUUUAACGGUAUUUUGCCAGACUCGACACGGCACAGUGACUCGCAUUCGUAUUCGUUGCUGGGACGCUGCGGUGUGCUGUACUCAACGACGGGCGUUGAAAAACGGUCUUUUGUUAAAAAAAAGGCGGCGUGUAUAUAAGUUGAAUUUAUAUGUGAGAAAUUGCAAUUAAAUAAAUGUUUUCAAAAUGGCACAGAAAGUGAAGUGGAAGCAAAAAUGUGUUUAAAAAUAUUUGCGAAAAAAAUUAUUGAAUUAGUAGGUGCUACGAAAUGGUAGAAGAGGCUGUAACUUCGGAAGCCUAACCCGUGUUUUUAAAUUUAAAAGUGAAGUAUCCAAAUGUAGGAAAUAUAGGAAAUACAAUACUUUAAAUGCUAAAAUAACAGUUAACUGAAUUAUUGAAACGGCAAAAAGUGGCAGCAUUUUCGCAUAAGCCCGAAAAGUGUGCAAUAUUUUUGGAAGUGGGCAAAAAUGGAGAAAUAUUUAAUUUUCAAAUAUGUUUAAGCAAAAGUUGCUGAAUUAUGGAGCAAAAAAUUGUGAAAAAGAUAUAACUUUCAAAUAUAUUCAAGUGCUGUAAAUGGAAAAUACGGAAACACUACAAACAGUGCUAGUCUCUAGUAAAUGUUUUGUGUGAACAAAAUUUAAUGAAAAUAUACCAUUUUUCGGCCGAAGUAGAAAAGAACUGCAUAAAAUCCCUUCCGUUUCCGACAAAUGCGGUCUAGCGCCUAAAAGACUGCUAUACACAGCGCGCUCAAAGCAACGAACUUCCGAUGCAAGAUACAGCAAUUACAAAAGCAAAGAAAUCAUUCUAACUGUUCCAUCACUUUCCUGCUAUGCAACACUUCAGCCAUUCAAAAGCGUUGACUGAUGGAAAUUUAUGAAAAUUUUCGACAGCGCUGGAGUUGAAAUGCGAUUGCCGUCAGCAUCUGCAAGUGUCAUUGCAAUUAAAAACGCCUAAUUGCUCUACAAUGAGGAAGGAAACGACAACAAUAACAAAACAACGGCAAAACUAAAAAGAGUGCCACAAAAACAAUAAUAACAACAAUAAAAUACCAAAUAAAUAACACCGAAUGCAAUUUGAAAUUAGGAAAAGCAGCAAAACAAAGGAAAAAGCAAACGAAUAUAGCAAGCAGAGUAGCUUUCCAAAAAGAGAAGCAGCAGCAGCCGAGUAGUGAGCGGCUGCUAGGUUGGGUAGUUGAACGAUAAAAACGGCGCUGCAGACGUAUAGACGCCAUGUUACAGCCGACAUCGUGUGGACCAGGGCCACCGCUGCCGCCACCGCCUCCGCCGCCGCCCCCUUCGUUAGGCGGCCAUGCCAACAACGACGUAUACCCACCACGGCUUGAGGCGGAAAAGCGAAUGAAAAAGCAUGGAAAAUAUGUGACACCAGGACAGCGGCAAAAGUCAAUAGCUGGUGAGGCUAAAACGGAAAUGAAGAGAACAACAAAAGCAGCAGCAGCAGCUGCGGCAGCAGAGCCAUUGGCUGACAAUGUUUUGGUUGCGAAAAUAGUAUUGAAGUCAGUGGCGGCUCAAUGCGUUGAUGAUGAUGAUUUUAGCAUAACAACAAAGGCAGCAGCAAUUAAAACAACAAUUACAAACGCAGCAAAAACCUACAGGAAUUGUGCCGCGCAUAUUGGCAGAGGUGAAGAUAACCAAAACAAGAACAAAAACGGUUGGCCAAUUUUGAAAUUACCAAUGAUGCUCGCAGCCAUGAUGACAACAAAAACACCACCAACGCCAGUGGCGGCAGGAGUUACAAGAAAAACUGACUUUGGAGGAAAAACUGCCGCUAAGCAAAUAAUAACGGCAGACAAGGAGGCGGCAACAGUUGGUGUUACAAUAGCAACAACAUCGGCCACAGCGAUUUUUGUAAAUUCGGACAGUUCAAAUUCUGCAACAAAAGUAGCAACAACAACAACAAAAACAAGCACACCAACUACAAAAUGGCUUCUAAUGUGGCUAAUGCUUUUUGGAGUAAUGGCUCAAGCGCCUUUGCAUCAAGUGGCUGCCGAGAAGAGCAAACACUAUUACAUGCAAGCUCUGUGCAAGAAUCACUUCCUACAGCAACUUUAUCGUAAAAUCGACGGCGCUGUUCUUUGGUCGCAGAAUGAACGCAAUCUGGACUGCAUCAUCACAUUCCAAACGCAUUCGAUAUUACAACGUUUCAUGUUACGCUUCGAUAUGUUGCAAUUGGACUGCAAUGAUCAUCUGUACGUGUAUGAUGGGGCACAUGCUGUGGCCACACCGAAGGUUGAUAUCUCCUGCCGCAAUACUAAACAAACGGUCAGCUCCAUAUUGACGCGCACAAACUUUGUCACACUAAAAUAUGUUACGGACAAUUGGGGUACUGAUGCGAACGGUUUCAAGCUGGUUAUAACAUCGGUGAAGGAUCCAAAGCACACCUGCAAUGAUUUCACCUGUGCAGCGCGCGAGUUUUGCAUAAGUCCGGAUUUACUCUGCGAUGGCAUUAAUCAUUGUGGUGACAAUUCUGAUGAAUCGGUAUGCCAAAGCGAAACAGCUGCCACAGUUUUCGGUGUCGAUAUGACAUGGUUUGUGCUGAUCGUAGUCGGUAUAGUACUAGUCUUGAGCGCCGUAAUUGUAGGCAUUUCGAUAUGCGUUUGCCGGCGUCAGGAUGAGACAAAUCUCAACCAAAAUACAGCAAUACAAAUGCAUCAUACCGCCGAAACUAAUGGCUCAUCGAAGCAUCUGCAUUAUCAUCAUGGCGGCACAUUGUCGCGCGAACACACACAACUGCCACCGACGUCGGGAAACUGGCAUCACCCUGCGGGACCAUACGGGUACCACCGCAUUCUACGCAACUUAUCGAAGAUGGCCACCAAAGUCCGUCCCAUUUGGUGCUUAGCAAAUUCCGUCAAUUAGGUCAAGAUCUUUCACACACAAAUCCGUCAGCCGCUGCCGUCGCAACGGCGGGUCUCAAUCAAACGAACAUCUCUGUGGGUAAUCAAAAUGCAGCGGCCGCAGCAGCAGCCGCAGCAGCUGUCGGUGCUGCACAGAAGGAUGAGUGGUUCGUUUAGGGGAAGGAGUAGGAGGCUGAGAAGAAGCAGCAUAAGUGAAUGAUCAAUUAGACAUCAGGAGAAUUUUUUUAUUAAUUUAAAAUUAAAACAAGGAUUUUGCAUGGCAUUAAAUGAAGACUGUAUACUAAUUAUCAACAACAAAUUUAGUGGGCAUCUACGCGCAGGGUGAUCGUUAAGAGAUUUAUAGUACCCAAAUCUCUUGGCGUUGAGCACAAAAAACUUCAUCAAGUACUUGUCGCAAGUAUAUGAAGCGUGAGGUUUUUUCGUCGGAUAAUCAACGCAACUUGUACAUAAACUAUAAAUAAAAUACUAAAUAAAUAAAUAAUAAUAAAUAAAUAUAAUUGUAAUUGAUUUAAAUUGAAGUAAAUUUUUUUUAUUGAAACAUUUCUGGUUUAAAUAUAUUUAACAGUAAAUGUAUUAGGAAAAAGGUGUAAUAAAAAUGUACCGCAAAAUUUUAAUUGUAAGCCCAAAAUACUUGAGUUAAUGAAAUGAAGCGUCGUAAACUUAAAGCUAAGCAGAUAGUUUUAGUUUAAGAUUUGCUCCUUUUUUACAAUAAGCAAUGAAAUAAAUUGAGAAAUUAAUAUAAUUUAAAUUGUGUAAAGAAAAUUCUUAAAAUAGUUUAAAGAAUAGGAUUUUAUUUCAAGCAGAGCUUUUGUUAUAUAUAUGGACAUAGAAAAAAAACAUAUGCAUUUCAAAUAAAAAUAAAUUAAUAAUAUUUUGUUUCGCUACUUUCAAACCCUUAACUUCAAUCAGUGUUAUUAGAACAUUUUGAAAUUUUAUUAGAGGUUUUUGAAAUCUUUCAACUAAAAAAAGUUUCUUAUUUAUAAAGCAGGGUUCAAAAAUCCGUGAAAAUUAAAAUAAAUCAGUAAAAGCGUUCGCAUUUAACAGAAAGCGCAUUUUGGAGCUUUUGUGCUUUUAUAUUCCAAGCAGAAAAUUGAAGAAAGUAGAAAGAAGAGAUGCAAAUCAGCUUUCAUGCAGAAGAAAACUUUACAGUUAAUGAUUGUUUUGAAACUCAUUUCUUUGAGCUUUCAAGGUUGGAAAACAUAUAUUUUUAAAAGAGCAAAUAGAGAAACCCCUUCGAUGACAUAUUAGAGCUGUGUAGCAUAUCAUUAUUUUAUUAAACUGUAGGCACAUAUUUACUUGCUAGGCGGGAAGCUUGUUUAUAGGGUGAAAGCGAUCUUGAUUUUUAAUAGGUCAAAUAUAUUACUACACUAAAAGCGAGGUUGUUGAGAGAUUUUUGGAACGGUCAAAGUAGUUAAAAAGGACUUUCAAAGCUCAAUCCAAAAUCUUUUGCUGGUUAGGUACUUUAGUGAAAGAGGAAAAAGUUGUUUCAACACAUAUUUCACGUAAAUUUGCGUUUGCUAUAAGGGAAACUUUUUUAAAUUCUAAGUUUUAAAUUUCAAGCUUAAAAUUAUAAACUUUUGAAUGAACCAACUAUGGAAGCUUUUGCGAAAACUUUUUUGCACUGUGGCAGGGCACAAGCACUUUUUAAAAGUUUAUAUUCAAAACUUCUUUGAAUUGUCAAAAGACGCAAAUUUCAUAUUUUUUAUUCAUUCUAAAUUUUAUGUUUCUGUUUUAAUUUCUCUUUAGAAGCUCGAAAUUUCAAUUGUUCACUUGCUGUAAAAAAAACUACAACUCACAGUUAUGAAAGCACAAAAGCAGCGAAUAUGCCAAAAUAAAAGUUCAACAAAAGCACAACCUAAACGCUAAGCUCAGAAGUAAAAAGUAAGCUCAGAAGUGAUUUUUAGAAUGAAAACUGCUAAGCGAAAUCGGCUUAAAUCAGGAAAUAUUUCAAUAAAAUCGAAUCCAAUAGUAUUACAAUUCAAUGUCAACGGCAAUGAUAUAAAAAGCCACUUCCAAAAGAAUAAAAACGUUUUUAAAUAAAAAUUAAAAAAAGCAUAAGACACUAAAAAACAAAAAUCACAAUUGUAAAAAAUCCCACUUGGAGGAUAUGACGCAGGGCAGUGCAAUAAUGAAAUUUUCUACGAAAUUGUUAGCUACAACAAUAAUUUCGAAAAUGAACACUUACACUGCAAAUUUACAGAAACAGUUAUUGGAUAUCAUAACAUAGUGCAAAACUUGAAUAAACCCCCUAACAGUAGCAGACAGGAAAUGGCUAAUGUUAAACAGAGAGAAACAAAAACUCAAUUUAAUAUUAUAAUAAAAAACACAAACAAGGGAUGUAAAUAGUUGACAAUACAACAUAAAAGGAAAAUAUUAAAAAUUAAAAAUAAUAAAGAGCUACAAAAAAAAAUUAAACAAAAAACAAUAUGAAAACCUAAUCGAUGAUCAGAGUCAGAGAGAAGAAAAAACUAUUCAUUUUCAUCAAAAAUGUUAAGGUUUAAUUUUUUGCAUAAGAGCUCUAUAAAGUCGUCUAUUAUUUCAAUUUGAGGGAAUAUUUAAUAGACAUUUGCAUAAAGAAUUUUCUUGCUGCGUGAAAGAAACCGUAAAAGAGAAUUGCAACACAUAAAAAAUACAUAUUUUUAAGUAUUUACGGAUCUAAAAUUUCGUUCAACUUAGUAUCAGAACUUAUUCUAACUUUGUUUCCAAUUAGGUGUUAUUCCUGUCUUCAUAUAAAUCGAAAAAUUCAUACCGAUUAUAAGUUAGAGUGACCCCAACAGUAUGUUUUUUUCUUAAUGCCACACCCUAAAUUAAUUCUAUGGCCUUUUUUUAAUUUAAUAUUUACACAUCACGCGAACAUUUGAAGAUGACCAAACGAGCUCCUUUGGAAUAUUCAAAAAUUUUCCAAUCGAUUUUAUUUAUCUCCUCUUUUAAUUUCUCUUCACAAAUAUCUAAAAAAUGAUACCAAAAAAAAAGAAGAAAUUUUGCAUUUUUAAUUUAGAACAUUUUUUAAAAUUUGAGUAGCUUUCAGCGUCCCUAUAAAAAAUAGUAAAA